AUGUCAGGUCUGUGUUCCUCUGCCGUCGAUCGAUUUGCGGAUGAAAAUGCUGUCGCCGUCCCUAUGCUUGCUUUUCGUAGUGUUCACUUUGUUUUAUCAUUGGUCAACGACGAAGUUUCAUGUUGCUCUGUCGUCGAUCAAAUCACGCUACUGUUUUGGAUGCUGCGUUCGCUUGUCAUUCGGUUGCAGUCAUCGAUCGGUUGGAAGGUGAGUAGCGUUGAACUAAUGGUUUGGUUGAUCUGCUCAGUAUUCAGUGUACUUUUCUCGUCGAUCGAUAUGGAAGAACACCUUUUCUCUGGAGCGCAUUGGUGCAGCGUGCAAGGCUGCUAUGGUUUGACGUGUCUUGAUCGGCAAUCAAGGUUAUAUUGCUCUGUCGUCUAUCUUUUUACUGUUGCUACUAAUGUCGUAAGUGUGGUUGCUUUUUGUCAGCUGCAAAUGUGUCUUAUCACUGAACAGGACGUCUGA